CUCCUCCGGCCGUGGAUGCGCAGACCUGCUGGGCUCCGUCCGCUCCGCGUCACGGUCCUGCUCCGCGGAUCCACCUCACGCGCCUGAAGGGGGAGGGGGCUGCCUACGUCACCCGAGGCGUCCGUUCUGCGCUCGGUAGAGGACGCGGACAGAGGAGGGGGGGUGGGGGCGUCAGUGUCGGUGUGGCCGGGCUCCGCUGGUGGCUGUGCAUGCAUGUGUUCUGCUCCGUACGGCCGCAAAAAGCGCCCCAGGUCCGCAGGGAGCGUGUUCCCCUCCGGUAAGGGGGCGCACACGGACCCGGAGCGGCGGCAGAGCGCGGGGGGGCCGGUGGACGGCAGCAGGAUGACUGUGCAGGAAUUCAACACGCUCGUGGCGCUGUACCGGGAGCAGGUGAUCUCCGUGGGGGAGGUGUCCGCAGACUGCCCCUCUCUGCGGGCGCAGAUGCACCACACGCGGGCCAAAGGAUGCUCCAUGGCCCGGGCCGCGCACCGGGACCUGGCCCUCAUCUCUGUGUCAGGUCCAGAGGAUGGGGAGAUCCACCCAGAGAUCUGUCGUCUCUUCAUCCAGCUGCAGUGCUGUCUGGAGAUGUUCAUCACAGAGAUGUUGAAGUCCAUGUGUCUGCUGGGGGUUCUGCAGCUGCACAGAAAAAGAACCGACUCGGAGCCUAAGGUGGACUUCAGGGUGGACGAGAGCUCCGACGUCCCCAUCCUGGACGAGCGCUCCUCGUCCCCCACCGACUCCCCCCAGGAGCCGUGGAUGGUGGGAACCGACAUCGACAACAUCGAGAGAGACAUGAAGGAGAUGAGGAACCUGCUCAGUAAACUCAGGGACACCAUGCCUUUGCCUCUGAAGAACCAAGACGACAGCAGUCUGUUGAAUCUGACUCCUCACCCUCUGAUCCGACAGAGGAAACGCCGUUUUCCUGGACUUUGCUGCAUGGUUUCUGGCUGAUCCACGUCCGACUCUUUGAAACCAGGAUUGUCUUUCAUCGUAUCUUCACCUCUUCUUCUUCUUCUUCUUCUUCGUAUCUGUGCUCGUUCGUCCAUUGUUUUAUUCGUCCACUGCAGUCGUUUCCACUGUCGAUCAGUGACUAUUACUUUAACCGUCAUUUUGUUGAUAAAACAUCAGGAAAAUGUCUUUACUUUUGUCCGAUUGCUUAUAUUAUUCAGUCUAAAACCCAAAGAUAUUCAAUUUAUUUUCAGAUGCAACAAAGAAAACAGAUCUUUAUAUUUGAGAAGCUGUGACCUGUUGAAUUUUGGCUUUUUCUGCGACAGAACCUAUCAAUGAGAUCAACUGUUGGAAUUCUAUUUUAUAUUGAGUCAUCUGCUGUUGCAGCUCAGAUCUUUAUACUGAUAUUUACUUCUAUGAAUAUUUAGGUUUUUUCCCAUAAAUUUAUUUUUAAAAAAUAUCUGAGAACAUUUUGUUUAUUUUUUUCCCCAUAAAUUCAUCACUUAAAAUGUGAGAAUAUUCAUCAAUUAAAUGAGAAUAUUUUUUUUACUGUAAAUGUGUCACUUAAGUCUGAGAAUAAAUAUUUUUUUCCCAUAAACGUAUCAGAUAAAUGUAAGAAUAUUUCAUUUUUUCCAUAAGUUUGUCUCUUAAAUUGGAGAAUUUUUAGUUUUUCCCCGUACAUUUAUCCCUGACAACAUUUACGUCUGAUCUUUACUAAUAUUGUUUUUUUUUUUUUUUUUUUCCGGUAAAUUUUCCCUUAAGUCUGAGAAUAUUUAGUUUUUUUCAUACAUUUAUCACUAAAAGGUGAGAAUAUUUAGUUAUUGUAGUCCCACAAAUUUAUUGGUUCAAUAUGAAAAAUAUUUAGUGUUUUUUCUAAAUAUUCAUCACUUCAAUUUCAGAAUAUUUUAUUUUUUCCCAUAAAUUUAUCACAAAAAUCUGA